CGACUUCCGUUGUGCAAGUUCUGUGACUGAACAUUCUGUCCAUGAGUCCAUGAACAGUUCUUCUUGACAGAGGAAAAAUUCUACCUUAGGUUCACUUAUACUGCGUAGGCUGUUUAUUUAUUAUUAUUAUUAUCAUUAUUUUUUUAGUUAAUUUGUUUUCUCAUGAUAUGGUAAUGAAAAUGCAGGAAAAAUCAGCGUCGAAACAUCUGGAGUAAUUAUUAGCCUGGGGAGGGGAUUAGGUUCUUUAACCAACCAUAUGGACUAUUGCGAUUGGUUGGACUCGAUAAUUUCUCCAUUUUACAACCCCACAUCGAGUCACCAGGACCGUAUUAUCAAAGCCUUGCAGCGCUCCAAAUUUCGUGCCGAUUAUUUUUCUUUAAGCUCGUCUGCCUCGGGGAAUAUUCCCUCAGCUGAGAUGAUAGCUGCAAGAGGAGUUUAUCUCAUGAAACUAAACGUCGGUACACCGCCUAUUGAGAUCCAUUUAUAUUUCGACACAGGGAGUAUUGUUACAUGGACUCAGUGUGCACCCUGCUAUAAUUGUUUCCGACAAAAUUUGCCUCUGUUUAAUCCCAAAGCUUCUUCGACUUACAAAACAGUGUCUAGUAAUUCGAAAACGUGCAAAUCCGUUGACGGGAGCUAUUCUCGUGCAAGGGACAACACGUGUAGUUACGCUCUGACUUAUAUGAACAAAUCCUACUCUCGCGGGAUCGUUUCUUCGGACACAGUUAGGUUUAAUUCUACAGUGCUUCGAGAUUUCAUUUUCGGCUGUGGUUAUGAAAAUGCAGGCACAUACGGCGUAAAUAUGUGCGGAAUAAUCGGCCUCGGGAAAGGGCAGGGUUCGUUGAUCACGCAAAUGGGGCCCAGGAUUGGUGGGAAGUUUUCGUAUUGUUUGCGCUAUCAUGAUCCAUUUAGCAAUAGUUCGGAAUCUAGCAAGAUCCAUUUCGGAAACAAAGCCGUGGUUUCUGGAUCCGGGUCGGUCUCGACCCGUUUAUAUUUCUUCAGACACGUGUACGCCGUGGGGCUCAAAGGAAUCAGCGUCGGAAAGAAGAAAUUGGUUUUGACUAAUAGUCUCUCAAAUUCGUCGAAAAUAUUGGGUUUGUUCAACGAAAAAAUCGUCGUCGAUUCUGGAGCAACAUUGACGUAUCUUCCCAAGAAAAUGUAUAGUGCUUUAGAAGCUGCAAUGAGAAAGGAGAUUAAAUUACAGCAUGCUGACCCAGUAGAUGAAAUGCUGAGGGUGUGCUAUAAGGCUCCUCCCGACGGAAAAAUGAAGGGUAUUCCUGUAGUUACUGUCCAUUUUGUUGGUGCAGAUGUUAAGUUGUCUGCUUUGAACACUUUCCUUAAAGCUUCUGAAAGUGUUUAUUGUCUUGGUUUUGUGCCAAGGAAUGGUGUGGCCAUCUUCGGUAACUUGGCACAAGUAAAUUUCUUGGUGGGUUAUGACAUCAAGAAGAUGACUAUUUCAUUUAAACCAACUGAUUGCAGCAAACAGUAGUUGGAAUUAUCUGUUAAUUCCCCUGUUUUGUUCAACAAUAAUGCCUUAAUAAAUAUAUUUGCAUCCUAUUAUAUUUUUGCACUAAUAUAUCCUUCGGUGUUGAUGAAAUUACGUAAACCUUCUAGCACCUUCUUGUGCUUUUAUGUCACGACGAGAAUUUUUAGCCAAAGAAUGUAAAAUCAGUUGAGCUUGAAUGAUCAAGUAUAACUGAUUCAAGAUUCCCUCGUUAAACGAUCAAAUGACAUUAUAACUCAAUUCUUGAUUCGAUAAGAAAAUUUAAUUCUGAUGAUUUAAGCUCAAUAGUUUUCUCGUUUUCUUACCCGAUUCACACUUACUUAUGCUUUAGCUGCUAGUGGAGAUCGAUGCUUACUAAUGUGGACUCUGUGAUUAGUGGUAACUGGUAAGUUUUCUUUUUGUCUUAAGCAAUUAAAGAUCCAUCAAAGUGCAUUUGGUUAGCAAAUGUUGUAAAUUCUCGAGAUGUACAUAUGUCGUGAGCUUCAAUGGAAUUAAGUGACUGAAAUCUCUUCGGGUUUUUCAUCCAAGUGUUUUCGAUGCGACUGUUUUGUUCUUAAUGCGCUUCAAAUUGAUUGUGUUUGUAGUGUCUCGUGAAAUUCGACGUACGUUAAUUGUAUUAGGAAAGU